CUUGGAUUCGAUCGUCGAUUGGCCAUUUUUCUAAUCCCGCGGUGGACCGUGUGUUCGAUUUUAGUGCAAAUUCGUUUCCUGUUUUCUCGUUAAAAAUCUGAUCUGUUUUACCUUUGUUGUGUGCUUGCUUCAACUGCUGUGAAAAUUUCCCGUAUUGGAACUGUUGCCGUUUGCUUGGUUCCGCUUUGUUUGCUGCUGCUCCAUAACUCACUGCAGCAGUACUGUUUGCUCCGUCAGCAGGAGGGGGAGUACUUUCCGCAGGAUUCGACUGGUAGUUGUUUGGUGGGCACCGGCACGAUGACGUUCAAGUUAAUUAGCAGCGCUAAGGCUAACGGGGUUAUUCCGGUUCGCAAGUAUCGUUCGGAACGUACAGGAUUGACCGUCAUCGUAGGUGAAGUGGAAGGUCCGCUUGUGAAUGGAUACUUUGCGCUGGCAACGGAGGCGCACGAUGACGAUGGUUUGCCGCAUACCUUGGAGCAUUUGAUAUUCUUAGGUUCGGAGAAAUAUCCCUACAAAGGCAUUCUGGAUCUGGUUGCUAAUCGGUGCUUGGCAUCCGGGACGAAUGCCUGGACCGAUACCGAUCAUACUUGCUACACGAUGACAACGGCCGGAAGCGGAGGUUUUCUGUCAUUGCUACCGGUUUAUUUGGAUCACAUUCUUUAUCCGACUCUGACGGACUCUGGCUAUGCAACGGAAGUUCAUCACAUCUCCGAGGAUGGGGAAGAUGGAGGAGUGGUUUACUGUGAGAUGCAAGGGCGGGAGAAUACUGGUGAAUCACGGAUUCAUCUGGAUAUGCUUCGAGCUAUUUAUCCGAACUGCGGGUACAGUUCGGAAACCGGUGGAAUCAUGAGUAAUUUGCGAACCAGUACUAACAACGAGAAAGUUCGCGCCUAUCAUGCUGGGUUCUAUCGUCCGGAUAAUCUUCACGUCAUUAUUACCGGUCAGAUUGAACCGGAGGACAUUUUCAAGGCAUUAGAACCGAUUGAAGAUAAGAUCAUCUCCAAAGGAGAAUUACCGGCUUUCGGUCGUCCCUGGCAAACACCGGUAGCUCCGUUAGCUGAGUCGAAGGACACUAAAAUCGUCUACCCAGCGGAUGAGGAAGAUUGUGGACUGGUGAAUGUGGGAUGGCGUGGACCCAAGGCUACCAACGAAUACGAGGAGUUGACCGCAUGCUCCGUCCUCUUGCGUUACCUGUCGGAUACAUCGGUCAGUCCGUUGCAGCGUGAGUUUGUUGAAAUUGAAAAUCCUUUUGCCAGUCGAGUGGGAUAUAACAUUGCCGAGAACUCGGAAUCGUUGCUGUACAUUUCAUUCGAAAAUGUACCGCUGGACAAGGUGGAUGCCAUUCACGGGAAGCUCAAGCAGGUGCUGGAAAAGUUGGGCAAGGGAGAGGAGAAAAUCGACAUGAAACGCAUGGAAAGUGUGCUGGAGAGGUACAUUUUGGAAUCGUUGAGCAACUUGGAAAGCAAUCCGCACGAUAACGUGGCAUUCCACGUUAUCGGAGAUGUUCUGUAUGGAGUCGAGGAACAGGACUUUGAUAACCGCUUGAACUCGAACCGAUGUCUGCAGACACUGAAGGCGAAGCCGGAGGACUUCUGGGUUGGUCUGCUGAAUAAGUACCUUGUAGAUGGAAAGUACGUCGUGGUUCGUGCCGUUCCCAAUAUCGAUGAGCAGAAACGAUCGGCCAAGGAGGAAAUGGAUCGUAUCGAGCAACAGCGAGCCACUCUGGGCGAGGAAGGUUUGGCCCAAAAGGGCAAAGCGCUGGCCGAAGCCAUGGCUGCCAACGAAGUGCCACCACCGGACGAGAUGUUGACUUCGAUUCCGGUUCCUUCGACCGAUGGUAUCAAAUUCCACCCGGUGCAGAUCUUCAAGGCGACGGAUGGGAAGAAUCCACCCGGGUUGGACCUACAGAAACUGCCAGUGUACGCCGAGGCGUACCAUUUGCAUACCAAUUUUUGCUAUAUCAUGGUUACCAUGAAUACGGAACCUGUCGAACCAGAACUUCGUCCAUAUUUGCUCCUGCUGAUGGAGCUGCUCACGGAAUCUCCCAUUCGUCGGGGUGAUGAGUUGAUUCCGUACGAGGCGGUCGUUGCUGCACUCGAAUCGGAUACCAUCGAAACCGAGGCACGGUUGGGUAUCGAAACGAGAAGCCGCUUCAGCCUGGGUCCGUUUGCCAACAGUGCCACGCUGUGUAUGCAGGUCGUACGGGGCAAGUACGAAACCGGUAUCAAUUGGAUUGCAGAGCUGUUGCACAAAACCGAAUUCACCCCGGAUCGAGUCAAGGUUUGCGCAUCGAAAAUGGUGAAUGAUGUGGCUCAGGCCAAGCGGGAAGGUAAUUCCAUCGUUAGGGAUUUGCUGAAGGCUAUGUAUUAUGAAAAAGAUAGCAACAUGCGCGUCAGUUCGCUUCUCAAGCAGCAAAAGUUCUUGAGCACGUUGAUCGAACAGCUGGAUAGCGAACAGAGCGCUGAAAAGGUAAUUAACAAGUUGAACAAAGUGCGUGAGACUAUUACAAGACCGGAGAAUCUCGGAUUGCACAUUGCGGCCGAUUGGGAGGAGAUGGCUAUGCUUCAGUUCGAUUUGGAGGCACCCUGGGCGAAAUUAGUUCCAUCGAAGGGUGCUUCAGAGAAACAGCUUAUUGUUAUCCCUGACUGGAAAUUGAUGAACAUGGACGGCAAUCUGGUUGACUCCACCGGUGUUGUAGUUGGAUUGGGAAGCGUCGAAAGUGCCUUCCUUUAUCAAAGCUCGAAAGCCAUUACCGACUUCAACGACGAGGAUCUGGCUCCUUUGCUGUUGUUCUUGCAGUAUCUAACUCAGCUCGAAGGACCCCUAUGGCGUCAAAUUCGAGGUCAAGGAUUCGCCUAUGGAUACAACAUCGUUCCCCGACCUAACGAAGGAUUGCUCUACUUUACGUUAUAUCGUGCAACUAAUGUGGUUGCUGCCUACAAAGAAGCCAAGUCAAUUACUGAAAAGCAACUGCAACCGAACGCGGAAUGGGACUCGACCCUGCUGGAAUCGGCCCGGAGUUCGAUGAUUUUCGAAAUCAUCGCACGGGAAAAGAGCAUCGGAAACGUGGUGGUGCAGUCGUUCUUGUCAAGCUUUAAGCAGGUAUCGGCUGGCUACAACCAGGCACUGGUUCGACAGAUCUGCAAGGUCAGUGAAGCCGAUUUGGCCCGGGUCGGCUCCAAAUAUGUGAAGCAGUUGUUUUCGUCCGAAGCCAGAACGGCGAUUGUUUGCCAUCCGGAUAAAGCAGCGGACAUUGCAUCCACUUUCAACCAGCUCGGUCACAACCUGAAGGUGGAGCACAGUUUGGAGGGGAGCAUCCUGGCCUAGGUAGUGUUUGUGUAAGUUUUUUUUUUUUAAAUACCUACAUUGCGUCAGUCAGCUUUUGUCGAUUUUGUGGCAUUUCGUUAGAGAAUAUAUUAAUUGUAGGUAUUUGUGUUUAGAAAUGAACGGUAGGUGUGGUAGUAUUUGCGACCGUCUAUUACGUACUGUUUUCGAAGUCAGUUGAUACAGCGACUUGAAAUAAACUUAGUUGAUAAAGCAA